AAACCUGGGCCUUACCUAAAGAUCCCAAAGAGGCUCGGGUCCUCAAAAUCCGAGCUGCCCGAUUCACUAUGGACAAUGAAAUCCUCUAUAAGAGAGGAUACUCGGUUCCACUUUUGAAAUGCUUGAACGAAUCGAAAUCCCGAUAUGUUUUAGAAGAACUCCAUGAAGGAAUCUGCGGGACACACCCUAGGGCCCAAGCCUUAGCCUAUAAAACUUUACGACAAGGAUAUUAUUGGCCAACUUUGAA